AUGAAGAACCUGUCGGCGACCACUACUCUGACCUCUCCUACUUGGCGCUUCGGCCCGCUGCAACCAUAUUGUAGUCUUGGUGCUACGGAGCUGCUACAAUUGCUUCAGCGGGAGCUGCUAUCGCCAAAAUGGGAAAGCCAAGCCUCUGCCCAGCUCAAAGGCUCAAAAGCGCAUGAGGUUUGGCCUCUCCUGGCGGACUUCUGCAACCUAGACAAGUGGUUCCCCAACCUCCACACUUGUUACCGUGUCCAAGGAGUUUCCGGCCAACCUGGUCUCGUUCGGUACUGCGAGAUGAAGAGAGACGAGACUACCCUGUGGGCCAAAGAGAAGCUACUCAUGAUCGAUCCAAUCAACCAAUCUAUCACCUACGAGGUUGGUGACAAUAACUUGGGUCUCAAGUCAUAUGUUGCAACAGUGCCAGUAGUCCCCAUCAACAACAACAAUGGCUGCAAGAUCGAGUGGUCGUAUGUUUGUAAUCCGAUUGAGGGCUCAAGCUUGGAAGAAUUUCAAUCCUUCGUCGAGUACUGUCUCCAAGGGAUAGCAAAGAAGAUGGAGCUUGCUCUUGUGUCUAAUAACACUACUAGCUAUAGCAUGGGUGAUGAACCUUGUACGUUUUUUUUAAUAUUCUAA